UCUGGAGACUUGGGGCGUGGAGAUACACGUUUUUAACGAUGCUGUAACGUCAUGAGAAAGGGAUACAAUGUCUCGGGAUCUGAUGUCAAUAUUCAGUCAACCUCUGGUUAUCUGUAGGUUAGUUGAGUGUUGGUCUUGGCGGUAGUUGGAGCUUGGCAAGCAGUCGCUGAGCCGAUGGAACGUGCUGGAUUCUGGGACUUUUGGAGCACCAUGGCGAGGCUUCUCGACAACAGAAACAAGAUUGCAACAUCAGUCAUACUCCUAGCUGUUAUUUCAUGUGUUUCGUGUGACAGUCUGACGGGCAAGACAUUCUACAUCUAUAAGAAUGAAAAAACCUGGAAUGAAGCAAGGACUAUAUGCGAGGGCGAUGGAAGACGCCUGGCGCAGAUAGACAACCAACAAACCUCGGAUGCUCUUAAGACUUUUUCAUCCGAAAGACUUUGGAAUGACGAUAUGCAAGGUCAUUUUUGGAUUGGACUGAAUGAAGGGACAUCGGGUUUUCGAUGGGACCACUGCGAACCAGCAUCUUACACUUUCUGGCAAAACGGGGACCCCCAAGGCAGCGACAAACCCUGUGUGUUCGCUGAACGAGACACCCUGGAAUGGAAGAGCGAGGUGUGCGACAGUAGCAGCUAUCAGUUCCUGUGUGAGGAGGCCACGGGUCCCUGUACGUAUGCAGCCUUCAGCGGAUCCUGUUCAGGAACAAGCCAUUCCAAUACUGCCAGUCACACGGUGUCUUCCGCUCCAGAGUGCGAGACCCUGUGCAGCACCCAACUCGACGGGACACGUGCAUGCUGGAUGUACGCCUUCACCGCCCCAGACUCCUGUACACUGUACUUUGACAAAGAUCCCUGGAAGUGUACAAAUCCUUCAGCAUCAGAUGUAGCCAAGACACGGACUUGUUUUACAUUUCAAUCAAAGACCUCCUCAUCAAACUACAAAAACAGUAACUCAGGUCCAAUUAUCGACUGCGACUUGUAUACAACCCAAGCUCCGACUACCACAACUACUACUACUACUUCUACUACUACACCAACUACAACAUCUACUACUACUACACCAACAACUACAACAUCUACUACUACUACACCAACAACUACAACAUCUACUACUACUACACCAACAACAACUACAACAUCUACUACUGCACAAACAACUACUACUAUUACAACACCAACUACUACUAGUGCUACUACCACCACAGCAGUUUCUACUCCUACUAGUACAACUACUACACCGACGACUGCCACAACACCAGUCACUACCACAGCUACAGCCACUACUAUCACACCAUUGGAAGUUUCGACACCAACUACCUCAACCACAACUACUAUUACAAUAACAACUACGACAACGGCGACAUCUACUACAAUAUCAACUACGACAACCGCCACAUCAGGAGCCACAGCCACCCCACCUGUAACAAGUGCUACCACUCCCACCGUAACGGCACUUCAUACGUCAACAACAUCAAAUAUGACGUCCAACGUAACGGCUGCAUCGUCAAUCACUACUAACCCGAGUUAUACUCUUUCUUCUGCUGACCCUGGGACUUCGGGGAAUACCCCUGUUGAUAGCGCAAGCGUCUAUGCUCCAAACUCGACAACAGAACUCUCAUCUAAUACCCCAACCCCAACAGCAGCAUCAGUAACAGCACAAAGCAUCACAACUUCAUCCACCUCAUCAACAGGAACAAGCUCGACAACAGACGGAAGGUUCUCGUCAUAUAUGCCAGGAAACGAGACGUGUCCGUGUGUGGUAUGUAUUGGAACCAAAAAUAUGACCGAGAUACAGCGUAUUGUGGACGCCAUACUCCUUCUCCUGAAGUUAGACAAGUCCAAGCUGUCAGCCACCAGAAGGAAGCUGGAGUCAGAGCCAGACGACAGACCCUCAGCACAGGCCAUUGGCUACUCGGGGAUAAUCUUCAUCGUCAUCACGUUCAGUUUCUUUCUUCUAAGUGAUAUGAUACGACUCUGUCAGUUUUUCUCAAGCAGAGACCCCAAAAAGAAGAUAACGAAUCGAAAUAUAUGAAUAUUUAUACGUUGCAGUAAUUUCGACAAAAUUAAUGUUGAAGGAAUCCAUUGAGUGAUACCUAAAGGCUGGAAGAUUUAUGGUAACACGUGACUUUAAUACAUCUCUCUGCAUCGUUCAAACAGUCUGACGGUGGUUGCACGUGUACAGUUGACGUUUCUUGCAAUAUAGGCGUGGUUGGCACCCAUUUGCUGAACUGCCCUAAUUCUCUACGUUGUACAACUAAACGUGGCAUAUAUUCUAUGCUUAUUCUGUGGUGUCUUGGCAAAGAUCCAUGGCAGUUUAUACCAUUUCUGCACGAACAUUUUUACGGGUACCCGAAAAAAGGUGUUUAGCGGUUUUUCACUGCUGGACGUGCAUCAUCGAAGCCAAUGGAUUGAUUGUCUUUUUUACCUUAAGUUUACAGAGUUUCGGCGACUGUUUUCAGCUUUGUAACGUUUUCAUAACUUUUAUAAUUUCCCCCACCCCCCAGGAGUUAGUUUAUAUAAUUCGAAUUUAGUAAUUUAGUAAUUAUAUAUGGGGCCAUAUUUGGCCCAGUCGUCUAUGGCGCCGCAAUUCGCCGUGCAGAGAUGCGUCCCUUGGGAAUAACAAGCACGCUCAACAAGAAAAAGUCAAUUUUUCUUAUUUUCUAUGUCACAAACGACCCGUAGACAGGCCAACUCGGUUUCUAUAUAUAUGUCGACGAUCCGUGUGUAACUAUUAACGAGUAUCGGUGUUAGUAUGGGGUUUAUCAAUAUUCUAGCAACAUCACGGCAGGGGUCACCAGAAAUGGGCCUCACACAUUGUACCCAUGUUGGGAAUCGAACCCGUGUCUUCACCGUGACGAACGAACGCUUUAGCCACUAGGCUACCCCACCGCCCCAAUAACUAUUUGGAAUAGCAUCGAACUUAUUUUCCUAAAACCUUACAGAGAACACAUCAUUGAGCUAAAUGGACCAGGGAAUGAAGUUAAGCAUGUUCUUUCAUGUGGACAAUACAUUCGAAUGUCGAUUUCCCUGACUAUCUGGGGGCACGGGUGGCCCAGUCGUCUAAGACGCCGCGAUUCGCUGUACAGAGUUGCGUCCCUUGGGCACGCCAGAAACCUAUGACUGUGGGUUCGAAUCCCGGUUCGCCCCGACUAU